AUGCAUCUCACUCGCCUUGUUGCCUUUGCGCUGUCGCUCGCGACCUCCGAGGCCGUCCACCAGGGUUUCAACUAUGGCAACAUGAAGCCCGAUGGCAGCGCCAAGGCGCAGGCCGAUUUCAAGGCCGAGUUCGCCACGGCCAAGGGGCUGAAAGGUGUCAAGGACUUUAACAGUGCCCGCCUGUACACCAUGAUCCAAGGUGGCACCACCAACACCCCGAUCUCGGCCAUUCCCGCCGCCAUUGAGGAGAAGACCACUCUCCUGCUGGGUCUCUGGGCCUCUGGUGACGGCAUGCAAAACGAGGUGGCUGCGCUGAAGAGCGCCAUCAACCAGUACGGCGACGACUUCGCCAAGCUGGUCGUUGGUAUCUCGGUCGGCAGCGAGGACCUGUACCGUAACUCAGUGGAGGGCGCCCAGGCCAACGCCGGCAUUGGUAUUAAUCCCCACGACCUCGCCGAAUUCAUCGACCAGGUCCGGGACACGAUCAAGGGCACCCCGCUGAGUGGCGCCUCCAUCGGCCACGUCGACACCUGGACCGCCUGGACCAACGACAGCAACGCCGAGGUCGUCGAGAAGGUCGACUGGCUCGGCUUCGACGGCUACCCUUACUUCCAGGGUACCAUGGAUAACUCGAUCGACGACGGCAAGAAACUGUUCGACGAGGCCGUCGCCAAGACUAAGUCUGCUGCUGGCAAGAAGGAAGUCUGGAUCACCGAGACCGGUUGGCCCGUCGGCGGCAAGACCGUGAACAAGGCCGUCGCCUCCAAGGAGAACGCCAAGCGCUUCUGGGAUGAGGUCGGCUGCCCCCUGUUCGGCAACACCAACACCUGGUGGUACACUCUCCAGGACGGCCAGGGCGAGUCGAUCCCCAACCCCAGCUUCGGUAUCGUCGGCAACAAGCUGAGCACCACCCCUCUGUUCGACCUCUCGUGCUCGUCCUCCAAGUCCAGCCGCAGCUCCGAGUCCGGCUCCAGCGCUGACUCCGCCUCUGGCUCUGGCUCGAGCGCCAGCGCUUCGGCCCCCGCUCAGUCCGGCUCCACCACCGCCUCGGGCACCGUCUCGUCCUCGUCCGCCGCUGCCACCAGCCAGGGCUUCAUGUCCGCCACCAAGCCCCAGUGGUCUCCCAUCAAGGGAGCGGCCCUGCCCCGUGUGUCUCCCUCUGGCUCUGCCGCCGCCUCAAACGCCCCCGCUGCGACCGGCGCCCCCGGUAGCUCGUCGGGCUCGUCGGGCUCGGGCUCAGGCUCUUCGGGCAGUGGCUCGUCCACGGACUCGUCCUCUGCCGGCGGUGCCUCGCCCUCGCAGUCCGCUCCCAACUCGGCCGGCCGCGUCUCUGGCUCCAUCUUCGGAGCCGUCGUCGCUGCCUUCGCCGUGGCUGUCGCUCUGUAA